AUUUACUUGGGCUUGCUUUAAAAUUUGAUUGGGUCAACAAGCCCAGAAGUGGGAACAAAUAGAUACCGGACCCGGAUCCGGAUCCGGAUCCUUAAACGGGUAUGGAGCAUGAGUUUCAACAGUCUCCUAUAAAUGUGGAGGGAAAAAAGAAUCGAACAAACCAAAGGACUCAUUCUUCAUUCUUCAAUCAAAUCAAAAGAAAAAACACAAAAUUGAAUAGAGAGAGAAUUCCCAUUCCCCAUGAUGAACGAAAACGACGAUCGAGAUAAACCUAAUUUCAGUAAUCGAGAAUAAGAGAAGAGAGAGAGAGAGAGAGAGAGAGAGAGAGAGAUCAACGAAGCAGGGAAGAAGAAGAAGAAGAUCGCGCAGCAGAAACAAACAAAUGGGAGCGUACAGAGCGGACGAGGAUUACGAUUACCUCUUCAAGGUGGUUCUGAUUGGCGAUUCCGGCGUCGGAAAAUCGAAUCUUCUGUCUAGGUUCACGAAGAACGAGUUCAGCCAGCAGUCCAAAUCCACGAUCGGCGUUGAGUUCGCGACGCGUUCGAUUCAGGUCGACGAUAAGGUUGUCAAGGCCCAGAUUUGGGAUACCGCCGGCCAGGAAAGGUACCGAGCAAUUACAAGCGCAUACUACAGAGGAGCAGUGGGUGCAUUACUUGUUUACGACGUGACACGUAACGUGACCUUCGAAAACGUCGAGAGAUGGUUGAAGGAGCUUAGAGGCCACACAGAUGCAAACAUUGUCAUCAUGCUCGUAGGUAAUAAAGCAGAUCUACGUCACCUUAGGGCGGUCCCCACAGAGAAAGCCAAAGCAUUCGCUGAGAAAGAAAACACGUUUUUCAUGGAAACUUCUGCCUUAGAAGCUCUGAAUGUAGAGAAUUCAUUCACAGAAGUUUUGACACAAAUCUAUCAUGUGGUGAGUAAAAAGGCUCUCGAUAUAGGCGAUGACCCUUCGGCUUUGCCUAAGGGACAAACGAUUCAUAUUGGAAAUAAAGACGAUGUUUCUGCUGUCAAGAACAAAGGCUGCUGCUCUGGCUAACACUAGCAGAAAAACAAAAAAAUGACGAAAAUUCAAAUGUUUCGGUGUGGAAGAAUUUGGGGAAGGUGUUAUGUAUAGCAGAAACCCGAUUUUCGAUUCUUUUAUAGUUGGUUUUUUUAAUUAACAGAAAAGGAAGUUGAAGAAAACGAAAGAUCGUGUGGACGGUUUUAUGAUCAGCCUGUGAAGAUAGGAAUUUUUGUAUUUGCUUUAACUGAUUAUUAUUCGAAGUUCGGUUACGUACUCCCUUUUUGUAAUGCUUGUGUGUAAUUUGAUGCGACGAUUGAGGUUAGUUUAAGGUUGUUUAUUGCUGCAUGCAGACAUGGUUUUUCUUCUGGUAAUUUGUUUUUUUUCGGUUUGGAAAAUGAUUUUUAUUUUAUU